AUGUCCGCCAUUCAGCUUUCCUUCUCCCUCCGCGUCUCUUCUGGCGUCAAGGCCGUCCACCUCCUCGGCUCUUGGGACAACUACGUCGGCCAGCUCCCGCUCUCCAAGGACAAGACCUCGUCCAAGUCGGGCUCCUGGAAGGGCACCUUCCGCUUCCAGAACACGACCCUGCAGACCGGCCAGCGCUACUGGUACUACUACAUCAUUGACGGCUACCACGUCGCCCACAACCCCAGCAUCGCCUGCACCACCGAGCCCACCACCGGCCGCGAGCUCAACAUUCUCGACGUUCCCUCUGACAAGUCUUCCUCGUCCUCCAAGUCGUCCUCCAAGUCGUCUUCCAAGUCGUCGUCCUCCUCCUCCUCGCACAAGUCCUCCUCCAAGUCUUCCUCUUCCUCCAAGUCGAGCAGCAAGAGCUCUUCCUCCUCUUCGCGCCACCACUCGUCCUCCAAGGACAAGGACCGCUCCUCCUCGCGCAAGAGCCUGUCCGUCGACAUCCCCAAGGGCCGUCCCCUGUCCAUUUCCCAGAUCCAGGCUCCCAAGCCCAUGUCGCCGCACGCCACCAAGCACCUGCUCGAGUCCGACUACCACGGCAACGAGGAGCUCGAGGAGCUCGCCGCCCGCUUCGGCACCGCCGGCCUCGACGACGAGCUCGUCACCGACUUCAGCACCUCGCCCGUCUCCUCGGUCGGCUCCUCCUUCUCCUACCGCUCCGACUCCUCCUCGCCCUCGUCCUCCCUCUCCGGCUACAGCACCCCCAGCUCCGACUGCAGCACCUGCACCUGCGAACGCUACGGCAUCACCCGCCGCGGCGAGCGCGUCAAGCUCGACUGCGGUGGCUCCCGCUGCGGCUACGACGACACCGACUCGUGCGGCAGCGACAUCGAAGAGUCCGAGUCCGAGGACGAGCACGUCCACCACCACGUCUCCCGCCGCAACGGCAUCAUCGUCUCCUAA